UUCAUGCAGUAACAAAAACAGUCAAAUGACAUUCAUUAAUUUAAAUUAGCUUAAAGUAGUCAUUUGAACACUGACGUACAGAUAGGAAGAUAAUCUGUGUUUACAAAAUAUAAAAAUGGAUGACAAAUCGUCGAAGAUAGCGAUAAUCGGAGCUGGCGUCGUGGGUAUGACGGUCGCCAAAAUAUUGCAACGGGAUUUAAGAAAUGCAAACAUAUCAAUUCUGGCAGAUGCUUUUACACAGGAUACGGUUAGCUGUGUUGCUGCAGGCAUAUUCAGACCAGGCACGAGUUUUAGGGGUCCUACGAAGGAGGUCACAAAGAAAUGGAUCGAUGAAUCUUGGUAUUUCUGGCAGGAUAUAAUAAAAACUUCUGAAGCUCAAAACGCUGGUCUCAUGACCCUGUCUAGCUAUAUAUUUUCUAAAGAAAAUUAUCAUGUCACGAGAAAUCACCUUAUCGAGAAACUAGUGCCCGUUUACAGGCCAGUAGACGAAGAUGAGCUGAAAUUGUGCGGCGAAGGAUGGAAAUAUGGAUCAUAUUUUUCUACAAUAAAAAUUGGUUGCGACAAAUAUUUGCCUUGGGUUGAAAAAUCGUUUACCGAAAACGGAGGGAAAAUUGUGCGAGAGAGAAUCGAUAACUUCGCAUCACUACGUUCGGAAUUCGAUUUAGUUUUCAAUUGUACCGGUAUGGGUGCCAAGGCUUUAUGUAAUGAUUACGAUUUAGUACCUUUACGAGGACAGGUGAUUAAAGUCAGAGUUCCGUCAUUAAAAAUGGCAUUUUACGGUGACUAUGAUACUUAUGUGAUCCCUGGGUUAGACGGCGUCGCCACAUUGGGGGGCGUGAGACAAUACGACAGUUAUAACCGAGAAGUAUGUAAACAUGACACAGCAGCAAUUUUGGAACGAUGUUAUGAACUUUUGCCGUUUUUAAAAAAGUCUGAAAUUGUAGCUGAAAAAGUUGGUUUAAGGCCACAUAGAGUUCCAGUCAGAGUUGAACCUGAGAUCAUAGACGGUGUAAAGGUAGUCCACUGUUACGGUCACGGGGGCUAUGGUGUAAUGUGUGCUCCGGGUACCGCUUUAGACGCUGUUCAAAUGGGUUGUGAUAUGCUAAAGAGUAAUAUUAGAAGUAAGAUUUAAAAUCAA